AUGCCACAAAUCAACUACCUUCCAACUGUAGAAGACGCUUACGGGCCCUUGUCCGAUGCACAACUGGAUAUAUUACGUCAGCAAGUCCUUUCCGAAGGCGGCGAUAUAGCUUCAAUCCAAUCUCGGUUCAACUACGCCUGGGGCUUAAUCAAAUCCCAUGAUCCUGAAAACCAACGACUAGGUGUCAAACUUCUAACUGACAUUUACAAGGAGUCUCCCAUGAGAAGACGCGAAUCUCUGUAUUACCUUACCAUUGGUUGCUACAAAUUAGGGGAAUAUUCUAUGGCGAAGAGAUACGCUGAUGCAUUAUAUUUACAUGAACCAGAAAACUCACAAGCUCAGGCAGUCAAGGCCAUGGUCGAGAAGAAGAUCCAGACCGAGAGCGUGAAGGGUAUAGCACUCCUAGGUGUUGGUAUUGCAGCUCUAGCGACUGCCGCAGGGUUUGUUCUGCGCCAACGGAAGCGCUGA